UUCUAUUUUUUUCCAAUGAGUCGUCCUUUGAGCAAUGGAAGAAACCAUAAAAAAAUUUUAGAUAUCUCUGAACAAGAUCAAAAGAUCAAUCAGUUUAGAUAAUUAAUUAUCAAAACACAAUGUCUGACCAAGCUGUUAACGAAGUUACUGAACAAGUCCAAAAGACUUAUCUUGAUGACGUCACUGGAGAACAAGUCUCCAAGACUGAAUUAAAGAGAAGACAAAAGGCUAGAGCUGUUGACGCUAAAAAGGCUGCUAAGUCAGCUAAUGCUACUACGGUUGCAGCUCCAAAAGUUAAUAAAAAGAAAGCUGAUGAUGAACAAGAAUUGACUCCAAACCAAUACUUUGAAAUCAGAUCGGCUAAGAUUAAUGAAUUAAGAGAAACCAAUAAUGCUGAUUCAACUGCUUUAAAUCCUUAUCCUCAUAAAUUCCAUGUUUCAAUCAGAUUACCUGAAUUUGUUGAAAAAUAUAGUAAAUUAGAAAAAGGGGAAUAUUUAAAGGAUAUUGAAGUUAGUGUUUCAGGUAGAAUCAUGGCUAAAAGAGAAGCUGGUUCUAAAUUAAAAUUUUAUGUUUUAAAAGGUGAUGGAGCAGAAGUUCAAAUUAUGGGUCAAGCUCAAGAUGUUGAAAGUGAAGAAGAAUAUGAAAAAAUGCAUGAAAAUUUAAGAAGAGGUGAUAUUAUUGGUGUUACUGGUUAUCCUGGUAGAACCAAUCCAAAGAAAGGUGGUGAAGGUGAACUUUCUGUCUUUGCAACUUCAAUUAUUUUAUUAACUCCAUGUUUACAUAUGUUACCAACUGAACAUUUUGGUUUUAAAGAUCAAGAAGCAAGAUAUAGAAAACGUUAUUUGGAUUUAAUUAUGAAUGAUUCUACUAAAAAGAGAUUCCAAGUUAGAUCUAAAAUUAUUAGUUUUAUUCGUAAAUUUUUAGAUUCAAGAGAUUUCUUAGAAGUUGAAACUCCAAUUUUAAAUGUUAUUGCUGGUGGUGCUACUGCUAAACCAUUCACAACUCAUCAUAAUGAUUUAAAUAUGGAAAUGUUCCUUAGAAUUGCCCCUGAAUUAUUCUUAAAAGAAUUAGUGGUUGGUGGUUUAGAUAGAGUUUAUGAAAUUGGAAGACAAUUUAGAAAUGAAGGUAUUGAUAUGACUCAUAAUCCUGAAUUUACUACAUGUGAAUUCUAUCAAGCUUAUGCUGAUGUAUUUGAUUUAAUGGAUAUGACUGAAUUAUUAUUUUCGGAAAUGGUUAAAGAUAUUACUGGUGAUUAUGUGGUUAAAUAUCAUCCAGAAGGUAAAGAUGGUAAAGAAUUGACUUUAGAUUUUACUAGACCAUGGAAGAGAGUUAAUAUGAUUGAAGAAUUAGAAAAAGUCUUUAAUGUUAAAUUCCCACCUGGUGAUGAAUUACAUACUGCUGAAACUGGUGAUUUCUUAAAGAAAGUUUUAAAGGAUAAUAAAUUAGAUUGUUCUCCUCCAUUAACUAAUGCUAGAAUGUUAGAUAAAUUAGUUGGUGAAUUAGAAGAUGCUUCCAUUAAUCCAACUUUUAUUUUCGGUCAUCCUCAAAUGAUGUCUCCAUUAGCUAAAAAGGAUAGAAAUAUUCCUGGUUUAUGUGAAAGAUUUGAAGUUUUCGUGGCAACCAAGGAAAUUUGUAAUGCUUAUACCGAAUUGAAUGAUCCAUUUGAUCAAAGACAAAGAUUCGAAGAACAAGCAAGACAAAAGGCUCAAGGUGAUGAUGAAGCUCAAUUAGUUGAUGAAGUUUUCUGUAAUGCCUUAGAAUACGGUUUACCACCUACUGCUGGUUGGGGUUGUGGUAUUGAUAGAUUAGCCAUGUUCUUAACUGAUUCUAAUACUAUCAGAGAAGUGUUAUUAUUCCCAACUUUAAAACCAGAUGCUUUCACUAAAGGUGAAGAAACCAUUUAAAUAAAUAAAUAAAUAAAUAAAUGUAAGUAGAUGUUUAAAUUAGAUAAUUUCUAUAUAUAAUUUAUUCCUUAUAGUAUUUUCUAUAUAAUAUAUACAUAUAACUAUAAUAAUAAU